GCCACCACGGUCCUGACUCUCACUUGCCUUCCAGUCUGCCAUCCCAAAUGGCUACCAAGAAAGCAGCUGAGUCCACAUUAUACCAUGUCCAUCCAAAAGGAUUCUGGAAGAAAUUUCGUGACGCCGUCGUCGUGAACCCCGAAAUUUCUUCUGGUAUUCCUGUUGCCGGUAUCAAUCGGUGGCCACCGCCAGCCUCAAGGCCAGAGAAGUACUCUACGCCCGCAACAAAAGCUUCGGAUCCUGCUCAAAACCCAUACUGGAAACGAGAUGUCCGCCGUGCUUAUCCUCAGCUAUCUGUUGUCACCCAGUCUCAGCUCGCUACCUUGUUGGUCCAGCAAUCAGAAGCGAAAGCUGUGCCUGCUCCUUCCGAAGGAAAAGAGGCGGAGAACGUCGAGAAGUCUGAUUUGCUUGCGAAAUCCUCCGAACCAUUGGAUCUUUCCGCUGUUAUAGCCACUAUCACCUCGACCAAAAAGGUUUACGACGAGUCCAAUUUACCUCCAACGCUCCCCACCGCAUUCAAGCGCUGGAGGCCGGAGUUGGCCCCCGAUGCACCACAUGAUCCCAAUGCAUACUUCCCUAUGGUGCUUUACAAAUAGACCAUUGUCGAGUUUUCAAUACAUUCACCUUUAAUGGGCUCAUAACCGAACUUUUGAAUAGUCUUUCGUUAGUCCAAGAAUUCUAUUCGGGUUGUUGGAAUUGAAGUCGAGGUGUGAGUGUUGCUCAACCGAUAAGCUGAUAACCUCGCGAAGUUCACGCUGGCAUCGACUCCUUGUCGUGUUGUUUGCCUCACGAUCCGACGACAUCGCUACCACCCAUUAUUAAUAUCGGUAUUG